AUGGGUUGUGUAGGCACAAAAUCAGGCAAACCAGAGAGCAAAUUGAACUCACCUCAAAAUCGAAAUUCAAAUCAAGCUGCUUAGAGUAUAAAUCUUGUUUCUGCUCCUUCAAUUUAAGAGACUGAAAAAAUAGAAACAGAUUAUAUUUUCCAUGCAUUAGAUCCAUUAGUUAGUAAAUGUUUUUAAGUAACAAUGUUAGCAUCAAGAAAUUAUAUAAAAAAGAUUGUUUCUAAGAGCAACAAUGCAUCUAGAAUUGCAAAGGUUUUUAAUUGCUAAACUCUUACUGUGUAAGAGAAGUAAGAACUGGAAAGAAAUAUCAAUUAAUUAAUGCAAAUUGUAAGACCUAUUAUCUUAUGAAAGAAACAUUUGAAUUUGAUAAAUACUUUAUCUUACUAUUUUAAUGAUAAUCGUUUGUAUUUGGUAUAAGAAUUUUGUGACGGUGGAAAUCUACUCUCUUAAUUAGAUAAGUUUAGUUAGUUGUAACAAUAUACAAUGAUAGAUGUAUUCUGUCAGAUUAUGGCAGGAUUACAGUAUUUACAUAAUUAAGGGAUGGUCCAUGGGUAUUAUUAGAAAUUCUUAAAUUUAGGAAUAUCCAAUUAGAUAGUAUAGUAUUUACUAAUAAAUCUAUGGAAAAUAUAAAGCUAAUAGAUUUUGGUAUAUCAAAUUAAAUGAAAAGUUUAUGUAUGUCAUGGAAACCAAGUGGUAGUAUCUAAGAAAUAUCUUUUAAACCGCCAGAAGUUUUUAAAUAAACAACUAUUAACAGUCCUUUAACAUAGAAGGCAGAUAUUUGGUCAAGUGGAUGUUUACUUUAUUUUUUUCUUACUUCUCAUAUGCCAUUUUAAGGUCGUGAUGCUUAGGCUAUAAAAACUGCUAUAUAAAGAGGUGUAGUUAAUUUUGAUGGAUCAGAAUGGGUUAAUAUUAAUCCUGAAAUGAAACAAUUAGUUUCUAAAAUGCUUAGUUCAAAUCCUUAAUUGAGACCUACAGCUACAGAAGUGAUUAAUCAUCCAAUAUUUUUAAAUAGAACUCGUAUAGUAACAAAACCUAAUAAAUAAUUGUCAAAACAUAUGAAAGAUUUUAAAGUAUAUAUAUAUUUAAAUUAGUAAUAAUCUCAAAUGUAAAAUGCUAUGUUAAAUUAUAUUGCUGAAAAUAUGAUGUCUGAAUAAGAUAAGAAAAAAUUAAUGGAUGAAUUCUAAAAAUUUGAUUUAAAUAAAGAUGGAUAGUUAACUAAAGAGGAACUACUUAAAGUUUAUAGUACAAUGUUUUCAUCUGAUUAAGCUGUUUAGGAAGUUAAUACUAUUUUUGCUAAAAUUGAUUAGAAUGGUAGUGGUAGAAUUGAUUACUAAGGUAUAUAUUUAUUAAUUAUCAAAAUAGAAUUUAUCAUAGCAACUAUAGAUUAAAAGAAAUAUUUUAAUAGAGAAAAAUUAUUGUUGUUAUUUCAAUAGAUAGAUAGGGAUCAUAGUGGAUAGUUAAGUAAAUAGGAAGUUAAGAAAUUAUUGAGAGAUAUGCAAAUUCCAAAAGAGAAAUUAGAUAAUUUAUCAAAAUAAUUAGAUUAAAAUGGAGAUGGUUAAAUUACUUAAGAAGAAUUUUUAUAGAUAAUGCUGCAAUUAUCUUGA